AUGAUUUCACUGGUAUGGAUACUCAUAUUCGGAAGUCUGGUGGAAAGUACUGGAAGUCAGUCGUAUAAAAACGUAACAGAUCUUCGUACAACAUUACUGACGUCUUACAAUCCUGAUGUCCUGCCAUUAAACGACUUCUCAGACGUCUUGAACAUAAACAUAACGACGAGUAUUAUCAAGAUGCCUGAAGUCAACCCAGUACAUGGUGCACUUUCCAUGGCUAUAAUGGUGAAACUUCGAUGGUAUGAUGAAAGAUUAACAUGGAAUCCUGCUAGUCACAACGGAAUAAAAAAUAUCUCCAUUAAGAGCAAGGAAGUAUGGACACCUCCCUUGGCGGUUGCGAAUCCUGUAAAGUUUACGUUAUUAGGUCAACCAUGGAUGCAGGUUAUGUUUACGUCUGACGGAAAGGCAUCAUACGAGGUCGGAGGUAUUAUUGAGUUUUCUUGUGCAUUCUAUAUGAAGUUCUGGCCUUUUGAUGAACACAUGUGUUCUUUGGGCCUUUUUCCAUAUGGAUACCCUGGAACUAAAGUGAUUUUGACCGCAUCAGGAAACGUGGUUAAUACUGAUAUGUAUGAAAAGAAUGGUGAAUGGCAUUUGGACAAAACCUCGUUCAAAUACGAAACAGAUAUGUCUGGUGGUGAAUCAAGAGCCGUAUACAGUUUCAGAAUUGCUAGACAGUCGGCAUUUUACAUGGUAACAGUAAUUGUUCCUAUGAAUGGCAUUGGAGCUUUGAUCAGUUUAGUAUUUCUCCUUCCAAGUGAGUGUGGAGAACGAGUGGGCUACUCUAUAACAAUCAUGUUGUCGUUGGCCGUAUUUCUGUCUGUUAUCGCUGCCGACCUGCCAAAGAAUUCGGAACCAAUCCCAGUAAUGUGUGUAUAUAUACUCUUCAAGAUGUUAAUGUGUAUCUUAGGUGUUAUCCUGGUGAUCUUGAACUUAGCAUUAUACCAUAGAAAUGAAAAUAUCCCAAUAUCGAACUUUUAUAGAUCACUUGUAAGACUUUCUCGUUGCACGUGUUGCCGGAGAAAAGUACUUACUGGGAAAAUCCACACACAUGUAGAUCCGGUCAACUCCGAGAAUGAGAUUAAUUCAAUUUCUAAAUCAAAUGGACAAAUAAAUGUCAGGGAAAAGUUCUCUCAAGAUAUGGAGUUAGAUAAUUCCGAUGAAGCUUUGGGCACAGAAGAGAAUUUGAGAUGGGAGGAUGUCAGCAAGGCAAUUGACAAAUUGCUAUUUUAUGCAAUGUUCCCCUUGACACAGAUACCUUCCCUUGUGUUACUAAUCUAUAUAAGUGUAGUAACUGGCCAUACUAUUCAAUGA